UCGGUCGCCAGACAGUCGAGCGUCGUCGGUGCCGUUUCUACUGCUACCGUCACUCGAUCCACUGCUGAGCCUAUUCGUUGACCGUCCAAGUCGAGUCUCGUCUACCCCACGGGUUAAGCCCGACACCUGUCUCGUGUCCUCGUACGUAAAACACACGCAAUUCGUUUCGCAUAACAUUAUAUAUUCACGUACGAUUCGAGAGUACCGAACGGACCGCGAACGGACUUAGGAGUCCGAUCGUCCGCGAACGUCGCAGACCGCGCCGAGGACAUGGACAAGGCAGGAGAAUCUGACAAGAAGUCCGGGCCGGUGGGCGAACGUGAACCGGCCAGGAGCGGUGGCGCAUCAGACAGGCCGACCGCGACCACCGUUGAGCGGACGGUGGAUAAACGAGUCACAACCGGAGACGGCGGAUCGGAAGUGAAAGACAAGAACGGAAACGGUUCGGACAUGCCGCCCGACGAGGUGGACGAUGAAGCGGUCAGCGAAGGCAAAAACAAGAUUUUCCGGCUGGAAGGUGCGGUCUACUCAAUCGCAGUUCCAUUACGUCAAUAUAAGUAAAAGCCAAAAAGUACAGUCAUGAAUUACGGAUUUUGAUGGUUCACUGAAAUGAGGAAACACAACAAUCCAAUCUGAAUCGACGGAAUGCAUGAGCAGGAAAUUAUUUUAUUAUAUAUGCUUAUCAAUAAAAUUAUUAAAAUAUAGCCACAUAUUGUGUAUAAAUGUAAAGCAUAAAUCGAGAACCACGAAGUCCGAGCUUAGGUGUGAGCAACUGUCAUCCACCUUAUGAACUCCAUUGCUCGGUUAUGAUAUAUUAAUACGCCUUUACAGACGAUAUGGAUACUGUAAAAAAACAUUAAGAUUGCAAUUAUUCGAAUGACAAUUAUUAUAAACUUGC